GCUGAGGACACACGACAGUGUCUGCUGGAGAGAGUGUGUCCAACUUUCUGUGUGGAUUUUUCCUUUCACACAGAAGAAGCUUCAUCAAGCCUCCCCUCCUCAUCCCACUCUGAAGACAACAUGACAGACCCAUCGACCAACAUGCGGCUGAAGCUGCCGAUCACCUGCUUCAUCCUCCAGAUCAUCCUCAUCAUCCUCUUUGGCGUGCUGGUGCAGUACGAUGAAGACACAGAUGCAAAGAAGCAUCAUCAUGGCAAUCAUUCUGAAUCCAAGUCUGACAUCGAGAAUGAUUUCUACUACAGAUAUCCAAGCUUCCAGGAUGUCCAUGUGAUGAUCUUUGUCGGUUUCGGCUUUCUCAUGACCUUCCUGCAGCGCUACGGCUUCAGCAGUGUGGGUUUUAACUUCCUGAUAGCAGCCUUUUCCCUGCAGUGGGCCACGCUGAUGCAGGGCUUCUUCCAUGGACUACAUGAGGGCAAAAUCCACAUCGGGGUGGAGAGUAUGAUCAACGCUGACUUCUGCACCGGUUCUGUGCUGAUUUCAUUCGGAGCCGUUUUGGGUAAAACCAGCCCCGUCCAGCUGCUGUUUAUGGCCGUGUUUGAGGUCACGCUGUUUGCCGUAAAUGAGUUCAUCUUGCUGACCCUUCUGGGAACCAGAGACGCUGGAGGCUCCAUGACCAUUCACACCUUUGGAGCUUACUUUGGUUUGAUGGUGACACGAAUCUUGUACCGACCCAACCUAGACAAGAGCAAACACAAGAACUGCUCGGUGUAUCACUCAGACCUGUUUGCCAUGAUUGGAACUCUUUACCUGUGGAUGUUCUGGCCCAGCUUCAACUCUGCCGUCACAGAACAUGGAGACCCUCAGCACCGCACGGCCAUGAACACCUACUACUCUCUGGCAGCCUGCACUCUGUCCACGUACGCCAUGUCUUCCCUCACAGCACACGACGGCAAGCUGGACAUGGUCCACAUCCAGAACGCGGCUCUGGCCGGUGGAGUAGCUGCAGGAACAGCCGGUGAAAUGAUGCUGACGCCUUUCGGCUCCAUGAUUGUUGGAUUCUUGGCUGGGAUCAUCUCUGUUCUGGGCUUCAAGUACCUCACACCCAUUUUGGAGAACAAACUGAAGAUCCAAGACACCUGUGGUAUCCACAACCUGCACGGCAUGCCUGGUGUUCUUGGUGCCAUUGUGGGAGCCGUCACUGCUUCUCUAGCAAGCAAGGAGGUUUAUGGAGAGGGUUUGGAAAAGGUGUUUCCUGAUGUAGCCAGCGGUAAACGAACGGCAUCUGACCAGGGAGGAGUUCAGGCGAUUUCUCUCGCUGUGACUCUGGGCAUGGCUCUGUUUGGAGGACUCAUUGUCGGUUUUAUUCUAAAGCUGCCCAUCUUUGGUGCUCCUCGGGACACCACCUGCUUUGAGGACAGCCUCUACUGGGAGGUGCCCGGAGAAGAAGAGUCUCAUGAGGAUCAGUUGACCACUGUGAAGACAGAGGAGUCCGACAAGCUCAACAGUUAAACAUGCGCACAGGGAAGCCAGAAUAUUAUAGACGCUUACACAGUCUGAGGUCACAAGCACCAUUUUGUAUUGUGUCAGCUGCCAAACUUUGUUUUUACAUGUAAAAAGUUUUUUUCUACUCUUUAGACAAGAAGAAAUAAAUGAACAAAAACCACCUUUUACAGGGUAGUGUCAACUCUAACCACCAGAGGUCAGUAUGGAGCUGUGCUGGUCUGUGUUGCAUGUGAAUCUGCAGAGAAGUGAAUUGCUGAACUUGCUUUGGAAUGGAGCCAUAAACACUGGCGUGUCAUAGAAUUUGACUUUUCCUGUAGCUUCAGACCAAAGAAAUGUCAAACCAGACUACCACUUUCAAUAAAAUGACUAAAGGAGAUUUAUAAAAGGUUGCAUUUUUCAAUGUCUUAUUUUUAUUUCAUCUUAUUUUAUUAUAUUAAGAGUGCUCAGAAACCGAUUUCAUACAGAUAAUGUGUGUGCUAAAAGGUAAAAUUAUGAAUAUCUACUUAGCCUAGAUAACUACUGAUUAGGAAAUGUAUUUUAUUUUAGAUACAUUGAUGUAUAUAUUUGAAUCUUUGAAGAAUUUGAACUGACCUUAGAGGGAUGAUGUGGUCUACCUGAAAAAAAUAAAAUAA